UUCAUCUUUGUUCUUUAUUCUUUUGUCUACAAUCCCAUUUCAUUUUUGGCCUAAUGAGGGGUUGGUUCCCUGAGAUUAGACCCGUUUCCGAAUCAGGAAACAAUUUUCUUUUGAAAUGGGUUGCAUCAGCUCCAAGAAUGCCUCAUGUCUAACGGACCAGGGAGCCUCACCGGUCUACCACAGGGAAAACGCCCCUGAACCCGACUUCUCCUCCAUGAACCAGCAACAUCGAGUUUUUGUUGAUCAUUCACUGGGGGCGAGUCACAAUAACAGAAGGUCAAGGAAAUCGAAAAGGCUUGGUGUAAGCCUUCUUUCCGGAUUGUCUGCUCAUAGGAACGUAGAGGCUGAGCAAGCAGCUGCUGGUUGGCCUUCUUGGCUUUUUUCAGUUGCGUCUGAGGUUGUUGAGGGGUGGGUUCCUCUAAAGGCAGAGGCGUUCCAGACGUUGGAGAAGAUUGGACAAGGAACAUAUAGUAGUGUCAGUGUGUUUUGAGCAAGGGAAGUAGAAACUGGGAGAAUGGUGGCUUUGAAGAAGGUAAAGUUUGAUAGUCUUCAACCAGAGAGCAUUAGGUUUAUGGCAAGAGAGAUUUUGAUUCUACGAAAACUCAAUCAUCCUAACAUCAUGAAACUUGAGGGUAUAGUCACGCCUUGUGCGUCCCGCAGCAUUUAUCUUGUUUUCGAGUAUAUGGAACAUGACCUUUCCGGUUUAUCCUCAAAUCCUGACAUUAGAUUCACCGAGUCACAGAUCAAAUGUUACAUGCAGCAACUACUUUGGGGACUAGAGCAUUGUCAUAUGCAAGGCGUAUCUUGCGGAAUCGACGUAAUACAUAGAGACAUUAAGGCAUCAAUUAUUUUGGUCAAUAACAAAGGAGUUUUAAAAGACUUUGUUCUAGCAAAUGUGGUCACAGCUAAAAGCAAACACCAAUUGACAAGCCGUGUUGUGACUUCAUGGUAUCGAGCUCCUGAGCUUCUUAUGGGGUCUACUAGCUAUGGAGUAUCAAUCGAUUUGUGGAGUGUGGGAUGUGUUUUUGCUGAGAUUCUAAUGGGAAAACCCUUCCUAAAAGGCAGAACCGAGAUUGAACAACUCCAUAAAAUCUAUAAGCUCUGUGGAUUUCCACCAGAUAGUUUCUGGAUAAAAACUAGGCUUCCUCACGCAACUUCCUUCAGGCCUCAACAUACUUAUGAAGCCACACUCAGAGAACGAUGUAGAGAGUUACCAACUAGUGGUGUUUCUCUGUUAGAAACUUUACUCUCAAUGCAACCAUAUAAGCGUGGGACUGCUUCAUCUGCACUUAAUUCCGAGUAUUUCUUGACGACGCCUUAUGCGUGUGACCCUUCUUCAUUGCCUAAAUAUCCACCAAAAAAAGAAAUGGAUGCAAAAUAUCGCGACGAUAUGCGCAGGAAAAGGGCAAACCUUAAGCUUCGAGAUUCUGGAGUAGGCAGGAAACACAAAAGACCACAUAGAGCAGAACAUGAUCCAAAUAGCUACGCUAAGCUGCCAAUAAGACAGGACACGUUUGAGGACAAGAACAUGCUUAAUGAUGCGUCAGUUACAACAACAACACAUGGAAAUUACAACAAAUUCUCUGACCUACCAGUGACUACAGGACCAGCCGGUGGUUUUGCGUGGGCUGUGAAAAGACGGAAAGAUCCUGAUAAUAUCUCAACUCUUACUUACUAUCAACCAAGCUCAAGGAGUCAAUUGAGCGAUUUUAAACUCAAACCUAAAAAUGACUCGGUCUGGGAGGUUCAAGGAGACAACGAUGACCAGAUUGUGGAGGAGGUGCCUAGUGAGGGAAAGCUUAGACGCAUUGGUGAACGGCAAGGAUCACUUAAUGGGUCUGGUUUGGAUUUCAGCCAAAGAGAUAAAGAUUUUCCAGUAAAGAAAAACUUAGAGCAUCUACAAUUUGGUAAACAGAGCAUAUCAGGACCGCUGAUUUUUAAAUCAGGCAAGAUCGACGAAAUUUUGUAAAGGAAUGAAAGUAAUAUCCGGCAAGCUGUCAGAAAAUUUCACUUCCAGAGGGACCAAGAUGACAGAUAA